AUGAUUAAACAACAGCAACCACAGCAACUUAAGGCGCAAAGCGCCCAGGUCCUUCAGACCAUUACAUACGCCACAUAUGCAUAUAAUUCAAAGACGGCAGAACAAACGCAAAGGUUGAAAUAUGGAGAUUUGGAGAUAGUAUUGAAAAAUGACCAUUUCGAAUUCGUUUGCAAAGGUGGUGCAAUGAUAUCAAAUAUAAAAGAAAUUUUAUUUAUGAAUUCAAAAAUUAAAGGAAUAACGGAUGAUAUAACAUCAAUUCCACCAGAAGAACAGAGAUAUUACGCAUUAAAUGCAUUUCCUAAAGUUUUGAAGAUUGGAAGAUUUAAUUUAAAUGAGGAAUUCAUAGAAGGUUUCCUAAACGACAUAAUGAAGAAAGCAGAUAAGGAAUAUGUGGAUAGUGAGUUAAAUAAGAAGGCAGAUAAGGAAUAUGUGGAUAGUGAGUUAAAUAAGAAGGCAAAUUUGGUUUAUGUUGAUGAAAAAGAUAAUGAAAUUAAAGAAAAGGUUGAAUGGUAUCAUGAAUGGACAUUUGAGACUUUUAAAGUUAAAGCUGAUACAGCAUGGGUUUCGGGAUGUUUAGACCUUAAAGCAGAUAAAACUUAUGUUAAUGAUGAGUUAGAGAAGAAGGCGGAUAAGGAAAAAGUUAUUUCAUUCAUUAAUACUGAGUUAGCAAAGAAAGCUGAUAUAUCAUUUGUUAAUGAAGAAAUAAAACAAUCAGAGGUCUAUUUUACUCCACCAUUUUUAAAUUUUAUGAAAUCAUCAGAUAAAACCUUUGAUAUAGAUUCUUUUGAAUGGAUAUGUUUCGAUGGAGUGACCAUGUAUUUAUUUUAUACAGCUGGAGUGCUUUAUUAUUUUAAAACAAAUGAUUUUAAAAACUAUGAAUCAUUUACUCCAUCUGUUUGGAAUCCUGAUACACGAAAGUCAAUCAUUAAUCCAAGAAUUUUAUAUGUUGAAUAUAAUAACGGUAAAUUUAUGGGAAUGAUAACGGUUGGAGAUGAUUUUACCCUUGUUAUUCAUUCGAUUGUAUCCAAUGGUU